GAACGCUCAGUACGGUGGGCGUGGUUUCAGCCUAUAACGUGGUUCCGGGUCACCCAGCAUGGCUGAGCUGAAGAUAAACCGCAAGUUCGCCGAGCGCUAUGAUCGGUACCGGGAGAAGGAGGAGCUGCAGCGGCGUGAGUCCCCGGGGCUUCAUACAUCGCCCCACCUUCUGCGGGCGCUAUUUAUUGAGCCCCAGUGAUAGCUCCAGCCUGCUGUGCUGGAUUUACUAUUGGCCCAUGUUACUCCUAUAGUCUCUAUAAUAUGACAAACACACACUGAAUAAAUCCAUACAUCCCAAGUGUCCCUGUUAAGGAGGGACAGUCCCUAUUAAUACCCUAAUGUCCCUCUUCUGUAGGAGCUCCAUAUUGUUGGUGUGUCUGAGUGUAUAACAGAGCUCCACAGCAAUAAUACUCCCAGUAAUGUGUCUGAGUGUAUAACAGAGCUCCACAGCAAUAAUACUCCCAGUAAUGUGUCUGAGUGUAUAACAGAGCUCCACAGCAAUAAUACUCCCAGUAAUGUGUCUGAGUGUAUAACAGAGCUCCACAGCAAUAAUACUCCCAGUAAUGUGUCUGAGUGUAUAACAGAGCUUCACAGCAAUAAUACUCCCAGUAAUGUGUCUGAUUGUAUAACAGAGCUCCACAGCAAUAAUACUCCCAGUAAUGUGUCUGAGUGUAUAACGAAGCUCCACAGCAAUAAUACUCCCAGUAAUGUGUCUGAGUGUAUAACGGAGCUCCACAGCAAUAAUACUCCCUGUAAUGUGUCUGAGUGUAUAACAGAGCUCCACAGCAAUAAUACUCCCUGUAAUGUGUCUGAGUGUAUAACGGAGCUCCACAGCAAUAAUACUCCCAGUAAUGUGUCUGAGUGUAUAACGGAGCUCCACAGCAAUAAUACUCCCUGUAAUGUGUCUGAGUGUAUAACAGAGCUCCACGGUAAUAAUACUUCCAGUAAUGUGUCUGCGUGUAUAACAGAGCUCCACGGCAAUAAUACUCCCAGUAAUGUGUCUGCGUGUAUAACAGAGCUCCACAGCAAUAAUACUCCCAGUAAUGUGUCUGAGUGUAUAACAGAGCUCCACAGUAAUAAUACUCCCAGUAAUGUGUCUGUGUGUAUAACAGAGCUCCACAGCAAUAAUACUCCCAGUAAUGUGUCUGAGUGUAUAACAGAGCUCCACAGCAAUAAUACUCCUAGUAAUUAGAGAUGUCGCGAACCGUUCGUGAACUUCUCGCGAACGGCUCGCCGCGAGCUCCGGUCAGCUGACACAUCCCGGCCAAUCUCCGGCAGACCCUCCCACCUCCUGGACAGCAUCCAUGUUGAAGCUGCCUUUAACAUGGAUGCUGUCCAGGAAGUAGGAGGGUCUGCCGGAGAUUGGCCGGGAUGUGUCAGCUGACCGGAGCUCGCCGCGAAUGGCGAGCCGUUCGCGGGAAGUUCGCGGACGGUUCGCGACAUCUCUACUAGUAAUGUGUCUGAGUGUAUAACAGAACCAUUCGGCCCAUCUAGUCUGCCCAAUAUUCUAAAUACUUUCAUUAGUCCCUGGCCUUAUCUUAUAGUUAGGAUAGCCUUAUGCAUAUCCCACGCAUGCUUAAACUCCUUUACUGUGUUAACCUCUACAACAAAUCCAAGAGAAAAUACCUUGGCCAAAAAACAAAACAUGAUUUCCUUGUUGAUUCUUUGCAAUUUGCGUGAUUACUUUGAGAAAAAGAGGUGCACAUUUCUAUCAGUGUGUUUUAGCCUUGUUCGACCAUUCAGAAUCCGUUAUGCAUAAAACAUUUGGAGGUACAAUAACUUGUAUUCAACAACUUUCAAUGAUUAUUAAAACCAAUAUGCUAGAACCACCCUCCACCAUCUUCCAGGCAGGAUUUCCAGUGUGAUGAAAGAUACUUCCGAUCAAAGAUUGAUGCACAAAGAAAGGAGAGCAGAAUUAAUUUCUUUGUUUAAUCUUGCAGUGAAAGAUCGCUAUGGGGACACACAAGAUAGUGAUACAUCGGGCUCAGAGUCAGAGGAGGAAGAAGAGUUGGUGAGUGAAAUAUAUAAACAAUGUAAUUGUAAAAGUCUAACUCUGUGGAUAACCUUUUUAUGUCAUUAAUAAUUCCUGUUUUCUCUUUAGAUGAUUGAUCCUAAAUUGGACAAAGAAUUUUAUCGCACCUUGUCUCUGCUCAAAAAGAAAGAUCCUAAAAUAUACCAAGAGGAUGCCACCUUUUAUACAAGUGAAGGUAAUGAUCAGCAUCCUUUCAUUAAAUUCUUGCGAAACAAACUCACCUGAGACUUUAAACCUGUCACGAGCGAUAGCUGACGCUCUCAGCCUAUCACUACCUGCUAUUGCUGGUAUGAUUUGGUAUGGCGUAAGGUGUAGCAUAAACCCUCCCCCUUAGCCGUUUUGUCAGAGGGGUCUGGACUACAGGUGCCUGUGGACCCUGAAUCACAGUUUAAUAAUAAAGCGUAAAAAAAAAAAAAAAAUUUCAAUUAAAAUUUUCCUUUAUUUUAACGGCAGGACAGACUCCUCACAGAUAUGUAUGUACAUAUAUUACCACCCCUUCCCUUAGUGCCCCUUUUUCUCUCCCCCUUGUUCCCAGUAAGUCUCCUACCUUUAUUGUAGCGUGGCUGAGCGGAGUAGACUGCGGUACAGGAACUUCAGUUUCCUGUACCAGGCCGGACUGACAGGAAGUGCUCGCUCAGUAAGCACUUUCUUUCGGUCCGGCUGGGUACAGGAAACAUAAGUUCCUGUACCGCAGUGCACGCUGCUCCGCUCGGCCACGCUACAUAGAGUGCCUCGCAGAAGGGAGCGCUGUGCGCCCACCUCCUGCCGGUCACUCUGAUCCAGCACCCCCUGGGCCGGUGCGCCCUAAGGUGGCCGCUUGAGCCACCUUAUUGAUGCGCCGCCCCUGUUCAAAUUGUAACGCUAUGCUUAUUGACUCUAAACCUAAAUUAUAUCUUUGGUUUUCAAAAGUUUUCAGUGAGGAAGCACCUCUAGUGGCUGCCUGUUUGAUAGCCAUCAGACUAGGUUUUUUGCCUUUUUUUGAAUCAACAGCAAAAACAUAUGUGAGGAAGGCUGAACUUGAUGGACGCAUGUCUCUUUUCAGCUAUGUAACUAUGUAAGUGUGUUGUCUGACAAAUGUCAACAUUGAUAUUUUCCAGAAACGGGCAGCAUCUAUGCACCAAAACCACUUAAUUCCAGCGCGCUGUAGUGAUUAUGGUGCUUUAAAAAGUGGGUUGCACUUGUGAACUAUACAUUAUACACAAAGUUGCUCCUAUGCAAUUUAUUUUAUUGUUAAUGCCAAUGUGCUCUACUGAGAGGGUACAGCGGGAGUUUCUCAGCAUUAUAUCUAGCUACAAAUGCUGAUAAAUUUCAAGUACAAUCAUUCAACUCAUUUUUUAAAAAUAAUUGUUAUUAAUUUUUUUUUUUUUAAAGAUAAAAAUCACAUUGUAACGAAAGGGCUAAUAUAUUAAAUGUACAUCAAAUACAUUAACGUUUUAUUUCAUCUGUUUGACUUGGCAUUCAACUUUAUGAAAUUUUUCUGUGUCUAGAGCUGGCUGAUGUUAAACAGACAAAGUCCGUUAAAGAGAAGCCUAUGUACCCGAAGGACUACGAGCGAAAAGUUAUUCUUGAAAAAGAAGGGUAUGUAGCACGUCUGAAAAAGAUUAUGUGGCUGAAUGCCUCUUCAAGCAUUAAAGAGUUUCUCCCUUAAACAACUUUAGCUUACUGGAAAGCUUUGUGUGAAGAGUGUGUCCUCUUUUUAUUUAUUUUUUUAUUUUUUUAAUUUUGCAAAAAGUGCAGAUUUCUUUAGAUAUAUUGUAUAAAUUAUAUAUAAAUAUUUAUAUUAUAUAUAUAUAUAUAUAUAAUUAUAUAUAUUAACAUAAAAUAACCUGGUUACACCCCCUUGGCUUUCAAGUAUACAAUAAGUAAUGUUACUUCCUGGUUUUGUUAGCUUAAUGCAGCUGACCUCAAGAGGCUUCAAUUGCUCAGAGCACCUGACUUACAAAGAAUUCUCAUUGACCUGUAUUGGGAAGUCUGUGAUUGGACAGCCACAGAAUGUCUGGAUGGGGAUAGAAGGGGAGGUCUUGGAAAGGCAACAGACAAGAGAACUGCUGAUUUUAGAUAUAUCCCCAAUGAAAAAAAAUACAUAAUUAAAUGCAUACUAGUUUUCAUUUGGGGUAUAUCUACUAAACAGUGAUGUUUAUAUAUUUUGUAUUUGGGCAGUGGAGAGUCCCUUUAACAUAGUAUCAGGGCUCUGGUAUGCUUUAAAUUAGGUGCAAAGUAUUCUAGUAAACAAAUAAAAUAAAGGAGCAAUGAUGGCACCACAGAAACGGAUAGUGUAAAGUCACCCAGUCACUCCACAAAGCACAGCAACUCAGUGAAUAACCAGAUACAUACAUUGUGUGCACUGACACCUUGUUUAUGGUUAUUUGCAAAGUAUUCUAAUUUGCAAAGUGUCCAAUCUUUUGUGAGAGAGGGGACUCUAUAAUCACCUAGGCGACUUGAUCUCAAUGCAUCCCUUGCCUAAUCUGUAUUGUUCUGCUAUCAAUAAACCAUUUUUCACAUAGUAAACGCGUUAAAGACAGACCCGUUUUUUGCCAUGUGUCCUAGCUUGUCACAUUCUUGUACAAUGUGUCUGUACAUUGAGUUAAAAAGGAAAGAAAAUAAUCCCAUAGCAAUACAGAUUAGUGCCGUGUUAACUUGUAGCGGGGUAAUACAAGUUAAGCCUGGAUUAAAAAAUAUGAACAGUAUCAAAAUAUCACCCCUGUAUCUGGGUCCAUCAUUUUUUAUCUUUCAUGGCUGUAAACAUAUUUGAACUAAUGGUGGCUUCAAAUUAUUGUUUUCAUUUUUUUGUUUUGUAAAGAAAAUAUGAGGAUGAAGAAGAUUCGGAAGAAGAUGAUGAUAUUGAAGAUCAGGUAUUUAGCAAUGGGCAAAGAUUAAAUAACGACAUUCACACACUGACAGACCACAGAAAUACACACCUACAUUCACACACUGCCAGACCAUAGAAAUACACACCUACAUUCACACACUGCCAGACCACAGAAAUACACACCUACAUUCACACACUGACCGACCAUAGAAAUACACAUCUACAUUCACACACUGACAGACCACAGAAAUACACACCUACAUUCACACACUGCCAGACCAUAGAAAUACACACCUACAUUCACACACUGCCAGACCAUAGAAAUACACACCUACAUUCACACACUGCCAGACAACAGAAAUACACACCUACAUUCACACACUGCCAGACCACAGAAAUACACACCUACAUUCACACACUGACAGACCACAGAAAUACACACCUACAGUCACACACUGUCAGACCAUAGAAAUACACACCUACAUUCACACACUGACAGACCACAGAAAUACACACCUACAUUCACACACUGCCAGACCACAGAAAUACACACCUACAUUCACACACUGACAGACCACAGAAAUACACACCUACAUUCACACACUGACAGACCACAGAAAUACACACCUACAUUCACACACUGACAGACCACAGAAAUACACACCUACAUUCACACACUGACAGACCACAGAAAUACACACCUACAGUCACACACUGCCAGACCACAUAAAUACAGACCUACAUUCACACACUGCCAGACCACAGAAAUACACACCUACAUUCACACACUGACCGACCAUAGAAAUACACAUCUAAAUUCACACACUGACAGACCACAGAAAUACACACCUACAUUCACACACUGACAGACCAUAGAAAUACACACCUACAUUCACACACUGCCAGACCAUAGAAAUACACACCUACAUUAACACACUGACAGACCAUAGAAAUACACACCUACAUUCACACACUGACAGACCAGAGAAAUACACACCUACAUUCACACACUGCCAGACCAUAGAAAUACACACCUACAUUCACACACUGACAGACCACAGAAAUACACACCUACAUUCACACACUGACAGACCACAGAAAUACACACCUACAUUCACACACUGACAGACCACAGAAAUACACACCUACAUUCACACACUGACAGACCACAGAAAUACACACACUGACAAACCACAGAAAGACACACCGCAGACCACAGAAAUACACACCUACAUUCACACACUGACAGACCAUAGAAAUACACACCUACAUUCACACAUCGACAGACCAUAGAAAUACACACCUACAUUCACACACUGCCAGACCAUAGAAAUACACACCUACAUUCACACACUGACAGAACACACAGAAAUACACACCUACAUUCACACACUGACAGACCACAGAAAUACACACCUACAUUCACACACUGACAGACCACAGAAAUACACACCUACAUCACACACUGCCAGACCAUAGAAAUACACACCUACAUUCACACACUGCCAGACCAUAGAAAUACACACCUACAUUCACACACUGCCAGACCAUAGAAAUACACACCUACAUUCACACACUGACAGACAACAGAAAUACACACCUACAUUCACACACUGCCAGACCACAGAAAUACACACCUACAUUCACACACUGACAGACCACAGAAAUACACACCUACAUUCACACACUGCCAGACUAUAGAAAUACACACCUACAUUCACACACUGCCAGACCAUAGAAAUACACACCUACAUUCACAUGCCAAACAAAUAUGCAAUUUAAGUAUGUAACUGCAAGGUAUAAGAUGUGGAAAAUCAAAAACUCUCUGUGCUCAUGUGUUUGUAUUAGUAAGUAGUUUUAGGCUGGGUUUAGAGCUUUGCACAUUCAAUUUUUUUUAGUCUUGCCCGGAUAACAAAUCUAAAACCUAUUUUUGGAAUUUUGUAAUAAUUCAAUAAAACUGUAUAUUAAUCAGUGUAAAUACAUAUUGGCUAAAGCAGGGACCACAAACACUAGAUCUCUUUUAGAUGUUCCCCAUAAUAAGUGACGUACAGUGUAACAGUAGCUGGAGGGCUUAUUAGACCCCCUUGAUUUAUAGUGUAUUAAAGGGAUAUUCUAGGCUGGACUAUGCAGUAAUGCAUUUAAAAAAAAUUAAAGCAACUUACAUUUGAACUUACUGCAAAACCCUUGGUUGUAGAUCUUCUGCAAUCAGCUGUCAUGAUGACAUUAUGUACAGCAUUAUUAGCAAAAGGGGAAGGAAACACUGCAUGUUCGGAGGGAGGCACAGAAAAGGAUAGAUUUAUAGAGCGAAACCAAUUUUCUUUACUUAGUUUGAAAAAAAAAAUAAAGGAAACAAUAUAAACACUGUCUGCUUCAUCUCACUAAACUGGUUAUAGUGUCUGGAAGGCUCUGAUGACGUCAUGUCAUUCAGCAUUAAACAUGUUUAAUGUAUUAAUGAUAAACAAGAGUCCACAGCAGCCCAUCCUCUCUGUGCUGCUUUGGGUAAUGAGGAAGUAGUAGCCCCAGCAGCAAAGGGCAGCUGUGAUUGGCUGAGAGUGUCAGCUGACUGAUUUAGCCUAUCAGAUCUUCAACUGACGGUAUAGAGGAUAUGACUAUUAGGAAGUGUGUAAUCUCUGCCUUAGCCACACCACUAGAAGGGGCCGGACUGUGGGUGACCAGGGACCCAUUUUUAGUGUUAACUGCUCAAAAAUGGUUCAGCACUGCAUUGAGGGACAGUGUCCGGGGACUCCAGGCACUAUAACCAAUUCAAAGAGCUUAAAUGCUUAUAGCGACUUCAGUGUCCCUUUAAGAAAAAUUCCCCUGCCAGCAUUUGCGAGGGACUGUAUUUUAAUCAAGUUGUGUGUGGCUGCACUAACUAUCACUUCUUCCUGCAGAGAGCCCGAUCCCCAACUUACCUUGAGCAACAAAAGCAAAUCAGAGAUAGGUGAGUGUAAGUGGGGGGCGGGGGUUUGGGACACUUAUUUUCAAAAUGUUAUCAUUCAUUGUUAAAUAUCGUGUAAUCUUUUUAAACCUACAAAUACCACAAGAUGUGGUACUGUGUCAGACCCUUCCAUGCCAACCUUUAAAGAAGCACUUUAAUAUUUAUGUGCUGUAUUCCACCCUCAAAACACUACUGAAAUGUAUAGUUUGUCAAUCAGCAAACAUUACAACGGCAGACACAGACCGUGUCUAUGCCCUGCCAUUACGGUUUGUCGUGUAUUUUUUUUUUUUUAAUGUGAUUGUAUCAGCGGACUUGUGUUCACGCGUUUCCCUGCAGACCCACCUUGUGAAAGUUCAUUGGCAAUGCUUGAUUUGUUUGGACAUAUUAAUACUCCAUUGAUGUCAAAAAUCUAAUGAAAAUUAGCAAGCAUGUGUCUGUUACCUGUCCCUGUUUCCCCCAAUGAGAAAAUUGUGACCGGCCGCUAUAAGCUUAUUGAACAAUUCAAUAAUUAGAUCUAAUUCAAGCUAAACAACAUUUCCCAUUAAUUUCCGGGAAACCAAAAACACUCGUAGCCUAGAAUGAGAGGCUGGUGUGCCUGUGGCUUCUGCUUGCAACAUAUUAGCAAAAGCAGCAGGAACGUUUAAGAUAAAUAUUUUCUUUUCUAUUUUGCAUAUUUUUCAUGCAUUAUCUAUGAAUUUAAAUGGGGAUGUGGACACUUUGGAGACCAGAAUAUCCCCCUUUAUCAGCCCAUACUAGACUCAAAAAUGUUACAUGGGAAGUUACAGCUCUGUCAUUGGUAAAGUAACAUUUCACCAUGUUCAGUUAAUUUAAAUAUUUAAAUACAUAAAAUUGCUGCCAUAUGUAUCCCAUAAAACCCUGCUAUGGGAUACAGUCUGCUCUUUCAGUCACAGGGUGACACAGGAGUAAGCUGGGAGAUAUGAAGUCUACCCCUCCCAGCACAGGGUGACACAGACAGGAGGGAGCUAUGGGACAUGGAGUCUACCCCUCCCAGCACAGGGUGACACAGACAGGAGAGAGUUAUGGGACAUGGAGUCUGUCCCUUCCAGCACAGGGUGACACAGACAGGAGAGAGUUAUGGGACAUGGAGUCUGUCCCUCCCAGCACAGGGUGACACAGACAGGAGGGAGCUAUGGGACAUGGAGUCUGUCCCUCCCAGCACUGGGUGACAGACAGGAGGGAGCUAUGGGACAUGGAGUCUGUCCCUCCCAGCACAGUGUGACACAGACAGGAGGGAACUAUGGGACAUGGAGUCUGACCCUCCCAGCACAGGGUGACACAGACAGGAGGAAGCUAUGGGACAUGGAGUCUGUCCCUCCCAGCACAGGGUCACAGCACAGUGAGGGAGCUAUGGGACAUGGAGUCUGUCCCUCCCAGCACAGGGUGACACAGGAGAAGCUAUGGGACAUGGAGUCUGUCCCUCCCAGCACAGGGUGACACAGACAGGAGGAAGCUAUGGGACAUGGAGUCUGUCCCUCCCAGCACAGGGUGACACAGACAGGAGGGAGCUAUGGGACAUGGAGUCUGUCCCUCCCAGCACAGGGUGACACAGACAGGAGGAAGCUAUGGGACAUGGAGUCUGUCCCUCCCAGCACAGGGUGACACAGACAGGAGGGAGCUAUGGGACAUGGAGUCUGUCCCUCCCAGCACAGGGUGACACAGACAGGAGGCAGCUAUGGGACAUGGAGUCUGUCCCUCCCAGCACAGGGUGACACAGACAGGAGGGAGCUAUGGGACAUGGAGUCUGUCCCUCCCAGCACAGGGUGACACAGACAGGAGGAAGCUAUGGGACAUGGAGUCUGUCCCUCCCAGCACAGGGUGACACAGACAGGAGGGAGCUAUGGGACAUGGAGUCUGUCCCUCCCAGCACAGGGUGACACAGACAGGAGGAAGCUAUGGGACAUGGAGUCUGUCCCUCCCAGCACAGGGUGACACAGACAGGAGGUAGCUAUGGGACAUGGAGUUUGUCCCUCCCAGCACAGGGUGACACAGACAGGAGGAAGCUAUGGGACAUGGAGUCUGUCCCUCCCAGCACUGGGUGACACAGACAGGAGGGAGCUAUGGGACAUGGAGUCUGUCCCUCCCAGCACAUGGUGACACAGACAGGAGGAAGCUAUGGGACAUGGAGUCUGUCCCUCCCGGCACAGGGUGACACAGACAGGAGGGAGCUAUGGGACAUGGAGUCUGUCCCUCCCAGCACAGGGUGACACAGACAGGAGGGAGCUAUGGGACAUGAAGCCUAUAACAUCUGUGUUUUGAAACCAUUUCCAGAUAAUUAACUGUUUGUUUUUUACAGCUUCCGUCAGUUUGUCGAGGAUAGCGAUAGCGAGGAAAAUGAGGGCACUACAGCAAACCUGCUAACUAAGCGUGUCAAAAGCAAGAAAGAGCAAGUGAGUAUAAAUCAAUAACUGCGGCUUUCUCAACUGAAAACAUUUACUGCAAUCUGUCCAUUAAAAAUAAUUCAUCAGAUGAACAUUCUUAUGGUAUACCAAAUCAUAGCAGAUUGCCAUUCUGAAAGUUUGUCAGAGCUCUAUGUUUGGAAUUGUAUAAUAAUCUCCAUCAGUUAAAUAAGUACUUUCACCCCAACAGGAAAAUGAAGAGGAGGAAUAUGUGGCUUGGCUGAAAGGUCAGAAGGACAUCACGGAUGAAGAUGAAGUGAAGGAAUUGGUGAGUAGAAGGAUGUUCCUGCUCGUCAAUAGAGAACAUUGAUAGAAAGGCUGAGAGCGGCUGGAAGAUCAGUAACCAAUGUAUUGGAAUUCAUUCUGGAACGUCUAUAGAUAAGACACCUCAUAUCUGAUUUCCACUCCAUAUACAUAACUUCAAACACGGGGAAAAAGGAAGGUGUGGGGGCAGGGAGAGAAAUGUCUAAAACUGAAUGUACAAGGUGACCAGUGGUGAUAUAUGUACAUAAAUACAUGCACACAUUGGUAGAAAUCAUUAGCGUGCUGCACUAAGGACUAGGAGAAAUACCAUCAGAAGUCCUUCAUUGUACAUCGUGGCCCAGGACAUGAUCAACUUCCCCGAGGUUUAUAAUUAGUAUGUGAUAGUUGUAGGGCAUUCAUAAUCUAGAGCUUCAGAGACAAAGCUAUACAGUGACUCUUUAUUAUACACCCACAGGGUUAUCUGAAAGACUACUGGGCUAAUCCUACUCUGGACGAAGGGGAGAAAUUUCUGCGUGAUUAUAUCCUGAAUAAGGAGUAUGUAGAAGAGGAUUCGGAGGAGGAGGAGUGGUGAGUUAUACUUUGAUAAAUACACUACAAUAAUUCCAAAUGUUUUCACACCAAUAAUGAACAUGCUGCACUGUUUUCUUAAUUUCUGCAUAGAUACUCAGCACAAUUAUACAUUGCAACGGUUCUGUUCCUGUGUGUAGGUACUUAAAAUCACUAUAUAGUGCAUCAUGUUCUUAAAGGGAUUCUAUAGUGCCAGGAAAACAAACCAGUUUUCCUGUCACUGUUGGCUCCUGCAGUGCCCCCCUCCCUUGCGGCCCCCCACUGUUGGCACUGCAGGAGCCUACAGUGCCAGGAAAACGGGUUUGUUUUCCUGGCACUAUAGAAUCCUUUUAAGGGGUUAAAACCCCCAUCCAGUCACACACCUGAAUCCUGCGCCGAUGUCCUUGGCGCUGGGUCAGGUUCAGGCCCCGCUCCUCCCCCGCUGGCGUCAGCCCGUGGGGAGACCUAAUGCACAUGCGUGGCAAUGGCCGCACUCGCAUUAGGAUUUCUCAAUAGGAAAGCAUUAUUCAACACACUGCACUGUAUAAUAAUACUGAGUAUCUAUACACUGAUAAUGAACACAUGCGCUGUAUAAUGAUUCUGAGUAUCUAUACACUGAUAAUGAACACAUGCGCUGUAUAAUGAUUCUGAGUAUCUAUACACUGAUAAUGAACUCGCUGCGCUGUAUAAUAAUACUGAGUAUCUAUACACUGAUAAUGAACAUGCUGCACUGUAUAAUAAUACUGAGUAUCUAUACACUGAUAAUGAACACACUGCGCUGUAUAAUAAUACUGAGUAUCUACACACUGAUAAUGAACACACUGCACUGUAUAAUAAUACUGAGUAUCUAUACACUGAUAAUGAACACACUGUGCUGUAUAAUAAUACUGAGUAUCUAUACACUGAUAAUGAACACACUGCGCUGUAUAAUAAUACUGAGUAUCUAUACACUGAUAAUGAACACACUGCACUGUAUAAUAAUACUGAGUAUCUAUACACCGAUAACGAACACACUGCGCUGUAUAAUAAUACUGAGUAUCUAUACAAUGAUAAUAAACACCACUGCGCUGUAUAAUAAUACUGAGUAUCUAUACACUGAUAAUGAACACACUGUGCUGUAUAAUAAUACUGAGUAUCUAUACACUGAUAAUGAACACACUGCGCUGUAUAAUAAUACUGAGUAUCUAUACACUGAUAAUGAACACACUGCGCUGUAUAAUAAUACUGAGUAUCUAUACACUGAUCAUGAACACACUGCGCUGUAUAAUAAUACACACUAUCUAUACACUGAUAAUGAACACACUGCGCUGUAUAAUAAUACUGAGUAUCUAUACACUGAUAAUGAACACGCUGCGCUGUAUAAUAAUACUGAGCAUCUAUACACUGAUAAUGAACACGCUGCGCUGUAUAAUAAUACUGAGUAUCUAAACACUGAUAAUGAACACACUGUAUAAUAAUACUGAGUAUCUAUACACUGAUAAUGAACACACUGUAUAAUAAUACUGAGGAUCUAUACACUGAUAAUGAACACGCUGUAUAAUAAUACUGAGUAUCUAUACACUGAUAAUGAACACACUGUAUAAUAAUACUGAGGAUCUAUACACUGAUAAUAAACACAUUGUGCUGUAUAAUACCAAGUAUCUAUACACUGAUAAUGAACAUGCUGCAAUGUAUAAUAAUACUGAGUAUCUAUACACUGAUAAUGAACACACUGCGCUGUAUAAUAAUACUGAGUAUCUAUAUAAUACUGAUAAUGGACAUGCUGUGACAGUACAUUGUGUUUUGGUUUUUCUCAGCCCACCUGCUCUGGAAGAGGCUCCACAUGUAUCUGACUCUGAAGAUGAAGGGGAACUUUUUUUAAAGAAACAGGAAGACUUUGAGAGAAAAUACAAUUUUAGAUUUGAGGAGCCAGAUUCAGACUUGGUAAGUACAUUUAGCUGAUUGGCUUUCUUUCCAUGUGUGCACCAUACAUGGAUAAACUUUAUGGAUCAUUGACUUAUUACAUGCCGGUAUUUCCCUGCAAGCAUCCAAUAAGAGAUGGCUUAUCUGCCCUUCUCAUCACUCUAUUACCUGUGCCAUGUCGAACUGGAACACUUGCGGGAAGGUUAUAGAAACCUGUUUCCUUGACUGCCUUACUUCUUACCACUGUGUAUACAGCAAACAUCUCCACCACUAAACUAGUGGUGUUUCCAUUACUUUCUGCAUGGCCUCUCGAUCAGGGCUAGGGAACCUUCGGCACUCCAGAUGUUGUGGACUACAUCUCCCUUGAUGCUUUGCCAGUAUUAUGGGAGAUGUAGCCCACAUCAUCUGGAGAGAUAAUCUAGAUAAUCCGUGCAACACAUUUAGCUAGGAUCACUCGUUAAAGGUCCACUCUCUGAAUGUGUUGCUCUGAUGCAGCAUUAUUGCCAGAUGCUAAACCUGGUGGCGUAGAUGGCUGCCCAAUGUUGCUAAAACUGUUCGAUUGUGAUGUUCCCACAUUUCAGGAUGAUGAUGAUGCAGAUGCACAUUUCUGGACUAGACUGGUUUAUAAGUGGUUUCAUGUUGAUGGAAACAUUAUAGUACCUUUUAUUGGAAUUGUUAGUGUUAUUUUCUUUUACCCAUAUCCGUACAGCUCAGUGUUUGUGACCUGAUCUCUAUCUGUUAUUUCUUCUCCUAGAUCAAGACAUUCCCCAGAGCCAUCGCGCAGUCCGUGAGACAGAAGGAUGAUCGAAGAAAGAGGAAGAGAGAUGAGAUAAAGGAGAGAAAGCAGAAGGUUAGGAGUCAGAUAUGCUAGAAUAGGAAGAGGUGCUAGGAUAAAAGGAUGGAGACGAUGGGGAAGCUCCAAAUGCAGGGUUUGACAUAGAUAUUUAAAGGGGCAAUCUAAGCACUGUAGCCCACAUGCACCUGACACAGCUAGAGUUACAUUUUCACAGCAUUCACAUUCUUUGAUAAAGUUCAUGCCACUGGCACCCAGUGGACUCUCGGUUUAUGUAAAGCCAUUGAUGUGGCAUGAAACAGAAAUGCAAUUAUUACAUGGGGUGGGCUGAUACGAUAACCUUUUAUAAUGGUCUGUGGUAGAAUGCUGCUUUAACAAGAUAUUAACACCUCUACCCUGAGCACAGGAUAAAGAGAAGAAACGGGAAGAACUGAAGCAGCUGAAGAACUUGAAGAGGAAGGAGAUACUGGAGAGACUUGAGAAGCUCCGUGAGCUGACUGGAGAAGGUGCACUGGGAUUGAAAGAGGAGGACCUUCUGGAGGACUUUGACCCAGAGAAACAUGACCAAAUCAUGGAGGUGAGACCAAUAAUUCGAAAUAGUAUGACUGAGGUUCUGACAAAUCCAUAAUGCCAAUUGUGAGAGGAAGUUGACCACAGCUGUAUCUGUUCCAUCAGAGGGUUUCUUUUUUGAACACUUUACAUUCUUUCCUCCAAUAGAAAUUUUUUGGUGAUGAGUACUAUGGCGUAGAAGAGGGAGAAAAGCCGCAGUUUGAAGACGAAGAAGGAUUGGAGGGUAGGCUUCUCAGUUUCGUACUCAUUUUUGAUCUAUUCAUUUAUUUAGUACAGGAAUUCAGGUUCAUAACUAACUUCUAUUACAAAUGCUUUACUGGUUGUUCCCUGUGUUUACCUUCUCCCCCAUUUCACACAGAUGACUGGAACUGGGACACCUGGACAGGUCCAGAAGAAGAAACAAAUAAUGCUGAGUGGGAAGAAGGAGAGGAGCUAGAGCCCAACUGGGAUGACCCUGAGUUUGUGGUAUGGUUUGCUUCCUUAUUCCUUCGUACUCCUUUCUUGGUCUCUAGUAUAGAUACCUAGAAGGGUGUCAUGGGUGACGAAAUACAAUCAUAUGCUAACCAAAUUGCUAUCACCUCUAUAGAACAGUUUACAUCUCUGUUCCAUCAAUAGUUAUAAAAUACUAGUACGGCUGUUCUGUUGUGACUGAGCAUCUAUGUAUUUUCAGCAUGGCCUCAAUACACAGCCGUGUUCGUAGGAUUGUAGGACCCCGUGCUUAUCAUUCUUGAAGCUCAUCGCUGCAAACUUCAAGCAAAUAUGUCUUUUAAUCACUGCACGUGCUGGUGAUUUCACCAUAACAAUAUAUAGAUAAAUAGUGUUACCAACCUCAAGAUCCACUUGUUCUCCAAACAGUUUGUAGAUAGGCCCUACUUAAAAUUUUUAAAAUGAAAAGGCAAUUAUGUUUCCAUGUGUCAUCUUUCACUGUUUGGAUAAAAGUUUGUGAUUUUAUAUUUUGUAUUUGGAGUAGCAUCUUUGACUGUUUCUCUUUUGUUCAGAUGGAUGCAGACUAUGAUCCGAAUGCUGCUCCCGGACCAUCUCGCAGGGAGAGGAAGAGAAUGCACAUGGAGGCCGCGAAAAGUGGUAAAAAGAAGAGAAAGUCCAAAUUUGCAGAAGUCGUGAGCAAAAAGAAACCAGUGUUCGACCCAGGUAAUAUUGGGAGUUAAUACGAAGCAUGGACCCAGCUAUCAUCCUGAUCUCUAGAUUGGUAAAGUCCGUGUUCCGGCUGCGUUCUGUGUGAGGAUUGCCCCCUCACCUUUGGUAUAUGUAGGUACUCCGAUCAAUCUGCAUGCUUGAGAUGGUUGGUCAGUCAAAAAAGCUUAGACUUUUAAUAAAAACAUAGGACAAGGAUAAUAAUGAGUAAGUUCUCAAGCCUAAGAUUAGUUUAAUAGAUGGAGAAAAUAAAUAUUAUUUGGAAAAAAAUAGGACUUUUGUUUUCAAUGUGCAAGGGAAUAAAUGAAGUAAAAUAGAAUAUGCAGCUAUAUUCACAAACUGAAUAGAUACAGGUAUAUCCAGACGAACACAAAUAAUAAUAUUAAUUAGUAAGGAAAAGCCACGGUCUGCUUACCCCAUGACGUGCAGAACCAUCUGUGCUUGUGUAUGCACUGAAUGGGAACUUCAUGGACGUGCAGCAAAGGCCAAGUGGUUGAGUCAGAGAGAGAACUCUGUAUCCAUCACUUUGUUCUGCUAGAAGGAGCCUCACAAUUUCUGUUUCCUAAACCCAGCUAGAGUACCCUGAGGUUCAUUGUCUGCUUUACCUAACCUUUUUUAGUGUAAAUUCUUUAAUGAGAUAGAAAUAAAUUACUGUGUAAGGGGAGAAAUUGAGGUUUCCGUGUGUGUUUGGUUCUUCUUUCAAACUGCAUAAACUCGGUGAAAGAGAUGUGAUUUUACCAUGUUAAAGUGGGAUCUCUUUAUAUGUGAAGUUUUUCUUUAUUUCAAAAAGUACAGAUUUCAAUAGAAAUUGGCACUUUUAUAAAUUAACCUGGUUACAUCCUAUGGCAGUCGGUGAGACAAUCAGUCCUGUUACUUCCUGGUUGUUAAGCUCAGUGGAGCUAAACUCACGAGGCAGCAAUUACCCAGAAAACCUGCCUUGCAAAAACUUCUCAUUGAGCUGCAUUGGGAAGUCUGUGAUUGAACAGCCACAGGAAGUUUGGGUGAGGUGGAGGGCUUGCAAAGGUUUCAAGAGAUUUGCAGAUUUUUAGUUUUUUUUUUUUUUUUUUUUACAUAUAACCCCCAAUAAAAAAGUGCACAAUUAAAUGCAUGCAUUUUCUCAUUGAGGGUAUAUCUACUAAACAGUGAUUUUUACUUUGUCAGUGGAAUGUCCAUCUGAGGGACAUUUUGUCUGAACCUUGAUUUUUUUUUACACCCUUAAAGUAAGUUGUAUUGUGUGCCUGAAAUAGGCACGUGACAUUUGCCAUUGAGUCAAGGUCACCCAGUUCCAGUGACGUUGUUAAUGUCUCUUGCAGAGGAUAACACUUUCCAGCAAUACCUGGAUGAAUAUUACCAGCUUGAUUAUGAGGAUAUCAUUGAUGAUCUGCCGUGUCGCUUUAAAUAUCGUCAGGUCAUGCCUUGUGACUUCGGACUCUCAACUGAGGAGGUACGUGUGGUUGAUAUGUAGGUUUUAAACUUGAAAUAUUUAAUACUUUUAUUUGGUGAGGGGUGUACAUGACCAGGUUCUCAGUCAGAUAUUCCAUAAUAGUUCAGAAUUUAUGUGUAGUCCUGUUUGAGUAAGACCAUAGGUUACAUUUUAGUUAUUUAUUUUAGUUGCAAAGUCUGCCCUUUUAUGACAUUCUCUGUUAUGGUGGCAAUGUUUGGAACAGUAGGAUAUAUCUACGGUCAGUUAUUUGCUGAAGUAUAAUUGCUUUGUGCACAAAAUUGGUAAAUUUAGUAGCAAUGCAAAUUAAUAAUUAUAUGUAUAUACAUGCACGCAACACCAUCUGGUCCGACUAGUUUGCUUUGAUUACAGAGGAUCAGCUGCCUGUAUGUAACCUGAUGUAUAUGUCCAUAAACCUCAGCCUUAUCUAUCCUCCUUUAUAGAUUUUAACAGCAGAUGACAAGGAGCUAAACAAAUGGUGCUCAUUACGAAAGACCUGUAUGUACAGGUGAGUCAUUCUUAUCCCAAAUGGAGGGUUUAUAAUGAAAUUUAACAUUUAUGGAACCAAGGUAGAACUUAACAUUUCAUGGCUGUUUAUUGGAACGGCUAGAUCAGUCAUUAUAACAAGUAAUAGUGUCUCAUACAGUGGAUUUUCUAAUCAGUAUCUGCAAUGUCUUGUUUGUAGAUCUGAGAAGGAAGAGAGUCACGAUAUUAAAGUUUUCAGUCAGAAAUCGCAGAACGUCUGGAAGAAGCAGCAGAUCCUAAAGUCCCUGACACAGAGGUGAGCAAUUUUUAAAUCGAAUAGCUUUCCCUUCAAUAAUUCUACACAUCUUUCCAGUUGCUGGGAACCAUGAAAGCACCGUACAGUUUUCCCAGCCCAAACUUUUGGAUCGUUCCAACGGACUAACUGCACCUCCUGUUAUCUUCUUAAACUGCCGGCUCUCUGAGAAUAAUAGGGAUUAGAGUAUAAUUUGUUGGUAACCCCAUAUUCUGUUUAUCUUCAUAGUGAUGACAAUGAUGAGGCUGCAACAGCAUCAAAAAAUAAAGUAGGGAAGAAGCGGAGAGACAAACUGAAGAAUCUGGAAGAAAAGACAUGUGACGGUGCUUUGAUGUCAAGUGAAAAUAAUUCAGAGGACAAUGAGCUAUCAACAGACGGUAUUCCUACCACACCACCACCCGUGGAGCUGGCGUUUGGAGACCCAGUACAGAACAAAGGAAAAGGCAUGAGCCAGGAUGUAUUUAUUAAAUCGGGAUCCAAGACCACAACAAAGACAGAUUCCGUGUUAAAACAGGGACACACAGCAGCCCAGAUUGGGGAGAUGGCCACUGCCAAGCAAGGGGCAAAGAGAGUGCUCCAACCAGAGGACAAACAGAAUGUUUUAGGGGAAGCUGGCAUCGCACACUUACCGAAGGAGAAAAAGAGGCGAAAAUUGGUCAGGAAAGGUGGCCGGUUAUUGGGCAGCAAAGUGAAGCUGGGUGGACGGGAGUUCAGUGGGCAGAGGCUGCGGGCAUAUGGGUUAAAUCCAAAGAGGCUGAAAUACAGGCAGCUGGGCCGGGAGAGGAGAAAGAUGAGGGAGAAGCAGGGGAAAACCAAGGGCCCAACAAAGGACUAAAAACUCCUGAAAUGUUUGUCAACAAUGGAGCAAAUUUGACUUACCAUCACUCAGGACUGCUACAGGCACCAUGUAAUAUAUCUAUACUCUUAUACUGUGAUAUAAAUAAAUGAUUUUAACAAAUAGCCUCUUUAAAAAGGUUUAUUGCCCUACAUAAAUAAAACAAUUUCAGAAUAUACAGAUUUAAUGCUUUGCUCCCUGUUUAAAAUGGACAUAGACAGACAUGUAUUCCAGUGUAGACUGAGACGCUCUAUAUUAAGAGCACGUGUCUCUAUUGCCACUGUACAUAAAGAUUCAGACACCUCCUAAUGCUAUUAUAGCUGCCCAUUCUCCAGCAUUCGUUCCAGUUGUAGAAAAUAGACCCAGAUAUGACUGACCUAUAGGCCGUCCAGAUGACAAAGAACUGUAGGUGGCUCUCGGGUCGGGGAGCCUAAGGUAUGAAAUUAUUCUGCAGGGACAGGUUCUAUAAAUAAAGUUAGCACUACACCUGUCGUCAACCUGAUUUAUGUAUAAUAAAGAAAAUAGAAAAAAAAAAACACAUUAUUGCUCUUAAUCUGAAAAGUCUACUUCAUUCCAAGCAUCACCAUAAACAUUUACUGCAAUAUUCCCCUAGAACUAGGAGACAAGUGCAAACGUUCCUUUAAAGGAGUUUCUUGUGUGCUCUGUGGCAGCUGAAGGUGAUUAGUGUUGCUUCCCUUAGGUCAUACAUGCCUAGACAAAGUUACCCGAGUACAAGAGGAAAAAAGAUUUUUGGAUAUUGCCAGUGUCUAAAUGCAAAUAAACAAACUUAAUUCUUGUAUUCUAAGCAAACAGAGUGGCUUGGUUUUUCUCAGCCUUAGAAUAAGUAUAUUUUUCAGAUUAAAACAAUUUUUGUAAAUUCUAUUGUACCUUUUAAGGAGAUUAGGAUGUUUCCUUGUAGCAGUGCUAUCUUCGCUAGCACAGAGAGUCCGUAAAUAAACAAAGCCUUUUUUUGUUAAACUCUUGUAUUCCCUUUCCCUCUUCCAGUGUAAGAUAAUGGGACCCAAAUCCUCUCGCUUGGGGGUCACCGCCUAUGAUUUAAUUUAUACAGACGCUGGGAUACCCUCUGUAUAGCCAGAGCACAAAUGGAUUUAACAUCUAAACUUCAUUCAUUUUAAUCUUGAAGACACCCUAACUAUAUAAAAAAAAUUGUUAAACGGUAAUGUUCCGCUCAUAAUCCUUAUGGUAUCCCAACCUGUUUCAAGUAAGACAUGCAGUGCUUGAGGUCAGAUGCCCUGCGUUUUCCAAGACACACAUCACUUUGAUAUAGCAAAGGGCAGCAAAUAAAACACACUACCCUUCCGUUUGUAGAAUUCAUUUGCUGGAGAUACAAAGUUAAUUCAGUAAUCAAAGCAAUCCAACAAGAAGGGCAGAGCUUUCAGUGUGCCACCCAGUUAUUGAAAGUGACAUGUCCAAGAAAACAGCGUUCUGGCAACACUAGGUGAAUAAUCACCCGAUUUAACUCCUGUACCGAGUAAGAAUCAGGGUAUGAUGGUUAUAGGAACUCAAACUCGUCUGAGUUAGGCCUCAUCAGCCUUCUCGAUGUUUUGUGUUGAGUUUGUAUAUUCGUAUUUUGUGAGCCCUCCGCCCCACUGUAUUCCUGAGCUUUUCCAUCUGAAAUACUGAAUACAGGAUAUUUCUCCUCUCCCGAUGGAGAACUCAACACCUACAACAAGAAACAAGCUUUCUCAGUGAUGGUAUCAUAUUAGUUAAUCACAUCCAUGAAUAAUUAGAAUCUUGUGUAUAUGUAUAGCAG